UCAAGUGCACUGCUGCCUGCCUAUAGGUUGUGUUGUGGGCAGUUUCAAGGACGAGAACAGGCUCACAGUGCGCAAAAAGAUCCAUUUUAAGAGUGAUGGCGCAUCAAGGGCAUUUUCUAAAGUUUUGUUGUUGAUGUUUGGAUUGAAGAGAGGGGAUGGAUGUCCACAUGGUUCUGGGGGGUCCAGAUAACAUUCUUUUGGCCAAUAAUCCUGACACGGGAAGUGCCUGUCUUAAGCAUCCCUGUGAGGACCAGGACAGAAGCUCCAGCCCAUCUGUCCUUCGCUGUGUGACCACUACGUGGAAGGAGGGUCUUCUGAACAGGAAGAGACCGUUUGUUGGAAGAUGUUGUCACUCAUGCACACCUCAGAGUCAGGAUAGGUUGUUCAAUCCCAGCAUCCCUUCACUAGGGCUUCGUAAUGUGAUUUACAUCAAUGAAACCCACACAAGACACAGAGGUUGGCUUGCGCGGAGGCUGAGUUAUGUGCUGUUUGUCUUGGAGAGAGAUGUCCAGAAGGACAUGUUUGCACGCAAUGUGGUGGAGAACGUGCUUAAUAACAGCAGGCUGGAAUGUGCUAUCGUAGAGGUUGCGAAUGAGGGUGUGCAGGAAGAUGGAGAGCCUGGAGUUGAUCUCAAAGCUGUCAGUAAAGUUCGACGGAAGGCCAGAGGAUGGCUGCAGGAGAUGGUUGCCAACAUCUCCCCGGCCUUAAUCAGAUUAACAGGAUGGGUGCUGUUGAAACUGUUCAAUGGAUUUUUCUGGAGCAUUCAGAUCCAUAAAGGUCAGCUGGAGAUGGUAAAGAAAGCAGCAUCCGAGUACAACGCUCCCCUCGUCUUCCUUCCUGUCCACAAGUCCCACAUAGAUUACCUGCUCAUCACCUUCAUCCUUUUCUGCCACAACAUCAAAGCACCACACAUCGCUGCUGGCAACAACCUCAACAUCCCCAUCUUAAGCACGCUAAUACGCAAACUCGGAGGAUUCUUCAUUCGUCGUAAAAUGGACGAGACCUCAGAUGGAAAGAAAGAUGUGUUAUACAGAUCUCUGUUACAUGCAUACACGGAAGAAUUGUUGCGGCAGCAGCAGUUUCUGGAGGUGUAUUUAGAGGGCACGCGGUCUCGCAGCGGGAAACCCUCUCCAGCACGUGCGGGCAUGCUCUCCAUCGUGGUCGAUACACUCUGUGCCAGCACCAUCCCUGAUGUUCUGAUCGUGCCCGUUGGCAUCUCUUAUGACCGCAUUAUUGAGGGGAACUACAACAGUGAGCAGCUGGGCAAGCCUAAGAAGAAUGAGAGUCUGUGGGGUAUUGCCUGUGGCGUGUUCAGGAUGCUCCGCAAGAACUACGGCUGUGUGCGUGUGGAUUUCACUCAGCCCUUCUCCCUGAGGUUAGAAUACUUGGACACUCAGCGCAGUCGACAUCUCCAGGCCUCUCUGACGCUGGAGCAGAUUCUUCUCCCCACCAUCAUCACUACACAACCUGAUCAGGCUGUUUUUAAUGGAGAAGAUGAGAAUCAUCUGAAUUCUGACCUGUCAGACGCCUGGAGGAGGCAGGUUAUUGCUGACUUGGCCAAGCACGUUCUCUUCAGCGCCAGCAAGUCUUCAGCAAUCAUGUCCACUCACAUCGUAGCCUGUCUCCUCCUGUAUCGGCACAGACAGGGUGUUCUGCUGUCCAAACUGGUGGAGGACUUCUUCAAUAUGAAGGAAGAGAUCUUGUCACGGGACUUCGACUUGGGUUUUUCUGGUAACUCGGAGGAUGUUGUCAUGCAUGCACUCAGCCUUCUGGGAAACUGUGUGAAUGUCACCAGCACCAACAAAAACACGGAGUUCAUCAUUUCUCCAAGCAACACGGUACCUGCGCUCUUUGAGCUCAAUUUUUACAGCAACGGCCUUUUCCACGUCUUCAUCGCCGAUGCCAUCAUAGCCUGCAGUGCUCUGGCCCUGCUGAGAGAGCAGACGCCAGCUUCAGCGAGUGAGCAGAAUCCUUCAUCCACGCUGCUCAGCCAGGAGAGACUGAUCCGCAGAGCUGCAGGCCUCUCCCACUUUCUGUCCAAUGAGGUGGCAGUGGCACUGGUACGUAACUAAAGCAGGAGCUCCAUC